AUGGACAAGUAUCGUGUUGACAUGGCUUCCACUCCACCGACUGGAACACAUCUGGAGGUAGAUGAAAAUUCCCUUUCUGAUUCUGAUUCGGCAUUUGAUGGCUCCGAUGUCACCAGUUCCACAACGUCGCUCAGUUCUAGUGUCACAAAUUACCACUUUGGCUCGGAAUAUAUUAAGGUCACUUCUAGAACGGACGCCGCUAUCAUGCAUACCACCAAGGAAAAUAUCUGCUGUCCCAUAAGUGCACGUCCUCAGCGAGUUCUCGAUCUUGGCACAGGCACAGGGAUCUGGGCCAUUGAUUUUGCAGAGCAUGGAUCUGAGCCCUAUACAACCUUCAUGCCGCUGACUUACAGUAGGGUUCCUCCUAAUUGCUCAUUCGAAAUCGACGACUUUGAAAAUGAAUGGGCUUACGCUCGACGCUUUGAUUUUAUUCACGGCCGUGAGCUGAUGGGGUCUGUUGCUGACUAUGACCACUUAUUUAGAGAGGCAUUCCGCCAUCUAGAUCCAGAAGGUUAUUUUGAGAUGCAAACGGCCGAUCCACGGUUUUUCUCAGAUGACGGGACUCUUGAAAAGGCAGAGAAUGCUAAUCUAUGGGUACGCUUGCUACAUGAAGCAAGUGAAAAACUCGGGAGACGGAUGGAUCAAGUAGGGACAUGGGAACGGACAAUGAAAGAGGCAGGUUUUAUCGAUAUCAAAACUAAGAUCUACAAGCUGCCUGUAGGCACAUGGCCCGAGGAUCCGAAGCUAAAGAAAAUUGGACAGUUUCAGCUGGCGCAGCUUGACGAAGCUAUAGAUUCCUACACCCCAGCACUUUUGAGCCGUGCCUUUGGCUGGAAUGGUCUUGAAAUGGAGGUCCUCCGUGCAAAGGUCAAGACAGAGGUGAAGGAUUCUUCUAUUCACCUCUAUCAAAAUGUUCAUAUUGUGUACGGAAAGAAGCCUUCUGUUUUGUCGUCUCAGUGA